CAGCAGAGACACAGAGACGGAGCUGGUUGGUGUUCAGCUCAGAGCUCAUGGCUGUCCCUGGGUAAGACGCAAACAGAGACACGCCAACAGAACCGUCAGGAACGUCUCCUCAGCUGACAUGGAGCUCUAAACACUGGAUUUAUCUCUAACCGGACCUAAAGCUCUGCUCAGAUGGAUCCUUCUAGAGCCAGAAUGGUGACUGUGUUCGUCUUUCUGCUGGUUUUGGUCACUUCCAGUUAUGGCAUGCAAAGAGCGCCUCGUAUCAUCACCUUAUUAGAGACGGUGGAUGUUCUGCUGGACCACAACGCCACCUUCAUCUGUGAGGUGGAGUCUCGUCCCCCAGCUGAUAUCUCCUGGACCAAGAAUAACCAUCCCAUAAUGUACUACGAUACCCGCUACCUGACCAGGGAACAGGGUCAGAUGCUGGUCAUCCCUCAUGUCAGAGAGUCGGAUAACGGAGAGUACUGCUGCCUCGCCAAUAACGGCAUCGGAGAGCCGGCCAAGAGCUGUGGAGCCCUGCAGCUGAAGAUGAAGCCUCAGAUCAAACGACAUCCCACCAACCUGACCCUCCUGAUAGAAUCCAAAGCCGUGCUGCCGUGUGUUACCCUCGGCAACCCGAAACCCGACGUCACCUGGCUGAAGGACGAUGAGCUCAUCAAGGUCAGUGAGCGGGUUACCAUCCUGGACUAUGGUGCUCUGAAAAUUCAUAACAUCCAGAAGGAGGAUGCAGGACAGUACCGCUGCGUGGCCAGGAAUAGCUUCGGUUUGGCCUUUUCAAAGCCUGUCACCAUAGAGGUACAGGCUCCAGCUCGAAUCCUGCGGGUUCCAAAGGAGAAGAGAGUAGCGUAUGGAAGCCAGGUUUCACUGGAGUGUAACGCCACAGGAAAUCCCAUCCCCACCAUCACCUGGCUGGAAAACGGGAAUACUAUUUUAGGUGCAUCAGUGGAGGAGACUUUAGUAGGAGAGGUGAUUCUGUCCGUUCUUAAAGUGACGGUCAAUAAGCCAGCGUUGUUCACCUGUCUGGCCUCCAACAAACACAGUGCUGGAGCCAACACUGUUAAAGCAACGGCAAGAGUCACAGUAGCAGAGUGGAGACUCUAUAAGGGGGUAGCGGGCUACUGCAGUGCAUAUCGUGGAGAUGUUUGCCGCUCAAUCCUGCAAGAUGAUUCGCUGGUGUUCUUUAACUCUUCCCACUCGGACCCCGAGGACAUGCAGGAGUACCUGGUCCAGAGCUGGUGGGCGGAGCUGGAAGGACUCAGUGGGAUGUGUAGUCCUGCUGUACAAUCUCUGCUCUGUCAUUUCUCCUUCCCCGACUGCAACACAUCAGGGCUAGGACCUGCUCCCAAACCCGUCUGCAGAGAGCACUGUCUGGCAGUGAAGGAGCUGUACUGCCAUAAGGAGUGGUUGGUGCUGGAGGGCAGCAGUUCGGUUCAACAUGGCCUCUUCAUCUCUGGGUUUCAUGCUCCUAAUUCUCUGCUGCCCAACUGCCAGGCCUUACCCAGCCUCCACACCGACCCUGAAGCCUGCACAUACGUUCCUUUUGUAGUCAUCAAGAAAGACCAAAUUACAACAACGUGCUACAGUGACCGAGGUCGUUUCUACCAAGGCGACGUUAAUGUGACGAGGUCUGGGAUUCAGUGUCAGGCCUGGAACCAGCAACUUCCUCACCAGCAUCGCCUGUCUGUGGACGUCAUUCCAGAGCUGAAGAACUCGGAGAACCACUGCAGGAACCCAGGAGGAAUCAGCGACAAGCCGUGGUGUUACACUUCUAAUCCUAACAUCCGCUGGGAAUACUGCGCUGUUCCUCAGUGUGGAGAAAUCAGCACAGCGUCAGUGAUGAAGCCUGAGUCUCCAGGUCCUCGUCAGACUCCUCGUCUCCCUCCCACCACCACAUCAUCUCCAGCCUACUCCAUGUCUGUCAUCGUCAUCCUCCUCACCUCGCUCGCUGCUGCUGUCUUCCUCACCAUCAUCAUCCUCACCUGCCGCAGACGGAGGAAGCAGUGGAGGAACCGGAAAAGGGUGGUAGAAACCCCCACGCUGAGCACUCUUCCAUCCGAGCUCCUUCUGGAUCGACUCCAUCCAAACCCCAUGUACCAGCGAGUCCCUCUGCUGCUCAACUCCAAGCUGCUGGCCCUCGAGUAUCCCCGGAAUAACAUCCAAUAUGUCCGAGAUAUUGGAGAGGGAGCGUUUGGACGGGUGUUCCAAGCCAGAGCUCCAGGCCUGCUGCCCAUGGAGUCCUUCACCAUGGUGGCUGUGAAGAUGCUGAAGGAGGAGGCCUCAGCCGACAUGCAGAAUGACUUCCAGAGAGAAGCGGCGCUCAUGGCCGAGUUCGACCAUCCCAACAUCGUCCGACUGCUCGGUGUGUGUGCGGUGGGUAAACCCAUGUGUCUGAUGUUUGAGUACAUGGCCCACGGUGACCUGAAUGAGUUCCUGCGUCGCCGGUCUCCCACCCAGUCGGUUCGAACCCUGAGCAGAGCCAGUCUGUCGGGUCGGAGCUUCUCCUCGGACGGGGAGGCGGGACCUCUGUCCUGUUCGGAGCAGCUGUCCAUCUCUAAGCAGAUCGCUGCAGGAAUGGCCUACCUGUCAGAGCGGAAGUUCGUCCACCGUGACCUCGCCACGCGGAACUGCUUGGUGGGGGAGGAGAUGGUGGUGAAGAUUGCAGACUUCGGCCUCUCCAGGAACAUCUACUCAGCCGAUUACUACAAAGCCAACGAGAACGAUGCCAUCCCCAUCCGCUGGAUGCCCCCAGAGUCCAUCUUCUACAACCGCUACACCACAGAGUCGGACGUCUGGGCCUACGGCGUGGUGCUGUGGGAGAUCUUCUCCCAUGGCAUGCAGCCGUACUACGGUAUGGGUCAUGAGGAGGUUAUCUACUACGUGAGGGACGGUCACAUCCUGUCCAAUCCUGAGAACUGUCCUCUGGAGCUGUACAACCUGAUGAGGCUUUGCUGGAGCACACUCCCAUCAGACCGGCCCAGCUUCAGCAGCAUCCAUCGGAUACUGGAGCGAAUGCACCAGAACAGACUCAGCAUGAACACUGAACCUGAGGCUGACUUGACUUUAACAGACAUGUUUGUUCCUGUGGAGAAAAUAAAAGCAGUGGGUUGUGAUUUGGUUCCUGGAAACCCUUUAAAGAACUCUGAGACUGAGCCCAAACACACCAAGAACAAGUUACAAGAUAGUCCUCUUCUUCAGGUGACUCAGUCUGAACCUUUACCUAGUUGGAUUAUGUUCAUUUUGUCGUUUCUUACGUGAAAAUAGCGUUACUUUUAACUGACAACUCAAUAGGGUGAUAAAAAGGACACGUCAUCACACGUCGGAUGAUGCUUUGAGGAAGACUGCAGAUGCAGUCGAAACACGUCAGCAAAUUAAAACCAUACUUUCAUAAUUGAGUUGUCGGUUUAAAAGUAACCUUUACCUGCUUGUUUCACUAGUAUGUCCUCUUUCAGUAAUUCAGGACUUCAGUUUCUAACCAUUUAUCGUCACACUGGUGUUCUUUAAUUAGGAGAGAUGUUAAACAUAUGAAUGAACAGCCUCUAAAACUCAACCCAGAGCCUGAACCCUUCACUCUGGAAGACGUAAACCAUGCAGAUGUACGAGCUGCAGUCAGAAAGUCUGCACCUAUAAGCUGUAAAAACUAUAUCUGUCAUCCUUUUUGAAGGCAGUCAGCUUGUGCUACUGCUCCAAGUGGUCCUGCCACAUUUGGACCGCUGGAUAAAAGCUCCACUCUGUAAAGGUGUCAGGCAUCAUCUGUGUAAAGUAUUGACCUUCUAACUUCUGCUGCAUUCUGGGGAAAAGAAAGAUGUUUCCAGGGAAUCCAUUCUGUUGAGUACAGCAGGUGUAGAGCUUAGAAAUUUGCUGGAUUUUGGUUGAUUUUUUUGUGAAUGUUCUUAAGAAACAUUUUUAACAUUUCUUUUUUCCACCAAAAAAUGUUCAAAGAUUUCCCAAAAAUGUUGAAAAUGUGGACAUCAAAAGUUUCACUGUGAAAAUAAUUUUUUCCCCCACAUUUUCAACUUUAAAACGGGUCAGUUUUGACCUGCAGGACGACACCAGGGUUAAUAUGAACCUUAAAGCAGGUUUGGUGUGUGACUAGUUAGACUAUGACCAUGCUGCAACUGGUCCCAGAGAUGCAGGAUGUUGAAGUUUAUUCCUGUAAUAAGGUCAGGUAAAGGUAGUCAGUUCUUGUAUCGCACUAAACUCAGAUCACAUCUACUGGAGCUGAUUCCACAGUGGCACACAAUCACUUUAUACCGACUGUUUUAUAGACAAACUGCUAUUCCAUUUUGGGGCAUUCUUCUUGUAUUUUUCUUGAUGUUUUUCUUUGUUGUUGAUUCUUGUUUGACAUAAAAGUAAAUGACAGCAGGCACAGGUUAUACUGGUUUAUUUCCAGAUGAAUUCUUGUCAUUAGUGUUCAUAAGUCAGACACACAUUUAGUUUAAUUAAAAUUAUGCAGAGCUUCAUUAUCUGGAUCCAUUCCUGGGCCUUAAAAUAGGCUCUUAGUGAGAGAAGAAAGAGCAAAUAUAUCCUCCCUGUGAGGGACUAAAUCAUUAAUGAGUUUUUCACAAAGAUAGAAACUGAAGAAAUCCAUCAAACUUUUCAUUUCAUGUAUGUUAAAUUAAAACCUGGGUCAGCGUGGGUUCAGCAUCAACACAUCAUCAUUAGUUCAGCAUUAACACUUUACAGCAACCAGGAGAAAAGGAAAAGUCCUCAUCAGAAGUUUUAAUGUUUUAUUUGUAUCUGGUGUGAUGUUAUAUUUUAUUAUGUUCCAUAAACAAUGAUGCUGUUUUUUGCCAGACCUACUUGGCAUUAAUUAUGAUAUUUCUUUGUAUUGCUUGCAAAUAAACUGAAUUAUUCAACACAUUUAUAUUUCAGAUCUGGGAAUGAAAAUGUGUCAUUUUGUUUUUGCAUGAGGUGCUCUAAAAUGUUGUUAAUGAGCAGUUAUCAUGCUAAUAAUUAUCACUAAGCAGCAUCACCAUCCAAUGUAAAAGACUUAUUUCACUAAAAAACUAGAAAUAUUAGCAUCAUUCUGGCACCAGAUAAAACAUCAGUACAUCAUUAAAGAAAACAUGAAUGUCUGUAAAGUUCCACAGAAAUCCUGAACAACAUCUAGAGUCUUCUGAUUCCAUAAAACCAUGGAAACCAACAGCUGGUUGGAGGAAAUGUGUCUCAAUAUUACAGCUAUUACAUGAAAAGGAACGGCCACGAUGAGAAGAAUAUAUCUGAGAACAGGAAUUGAUGCUAUUGGGUCUGCCAAUGCCUUUUCUUUGUUUUUCAUGAUGCUUUCGGGAUGUAACGCUGCUCCUGAUUAUGAAUCGUGGUUUAUUCUGGAGAUGCUGGAGGCACAGGGAGAGUACAACAGGAAAACUCUCCAUAAAUCUCAUCCCCGUCUCCGGGUAGAUUUGGGGAUUUCUUGUGUAAAAGUGGACAUUUUGUCCUGAGAGAAAAUUACAAAAUGCUCCAAAUAUGAGGAAAACAUCAGAACACUCAGACCUAUAAAUCUUCUUUCUCUUUAUACGGGACCUGCUGCAGCUCAUUGAGAAUAAAUGGGAGGCUGCUCUGGCUUUAUAGCAGGAAUCUAGAAGUCAAACCCACAGCAAAUGACACGUAAAACACAACUUCCUCAGUGUUAUUUCAAAGCCACUUUUAACCAAACAGAGGAGCCUGAGCAGACAUAGAAGACACAUAUGAAGGAGCAUUAAUUUACUGGUUUCAAUGAGGGAGAUUACACAGAGAGAAAGGAGAACAUUUCCUUUACUCUCUGUUUAUUUAACCCUCGUAUCGUCCUGUGGGUCAAAAUGACCCAUUUUAAGGUUUGAAAAUGUGGGAAAAAAAUAUAUAUUUCCACAGUAAAAUUUCCACAUUUUCAACAUUUUUGGGAUUUUUUUUUUACAUUUUUUGGUGGAAAAAAGAAAUGUCUAAAAAAAAUGUUUCUUUAAGAACAUUCAUUAAAAAAUCCAGCGAAAUUUGUUGGAUUUUGGUAGAUUUUUAUGUGAAUGUUCUUAAAGAAAACAUCAGAAGUUUUACUGAUAUAUAUGGAAUCACUUCAGAUAUUUUUAAGAUUUUUUGGAAGAUUUUUACUAAUUUUUUGAAAAUAUUUACAAGAAUUUUCUUGCCAAAUUUAGGGGAUUUUUUUUUAAAUAAAAUUUUUAAGGGAAACUUUGAAGGAAUUAUUGGAAUUUUCUUCCUGAAGGUUUUGCAAAUUUUCAGAAAUUUGGAGAAUUUUUUGCUGAAUUUUUGGAUUUUUUCAGACAAGGAAACAAUAUUUUUUUGGUGCCCAUAAAUGAAGACAACAGGAGGGUGAAUCCUAAUAUGUUCCAUCGUAUUUCACCAUGAGGCUGCUGUGAUAUCCGUUUCCACCAGGGGGAUCAGACGGGAUGCAGAGAAAAAUAAAGUUCAUUUUUGACUGUG